AAUUCAUUCUGUAUCUCCUCUUGCUCCCACGACGUCGUUUUAUGGUUCCAUCUCAAUCGCAGUUCGUCUUUUUCUCGUCCCUUUCAGGGUUGGCAAUGGCGUCCAAGUGAGAUUCAAAUUUCUAGUCUGCUCUCGUUAUCGAUUCUUCGAGAUUGAACUUAUUCCCCCUCAACACUGAAGGUCCUCUGGUCAGCGAUGCCGCAAGGUUGGGGUUGAGGGCUGAGGACCGUUUAAGGAAUUCGGAGUGGUGGAAGGAAACCUAGUGAGAAAUCUCUCUGUUUCAUUUCAACAAACAACUUCUCCGCAUGGCGUACGAUUUCUAAGGAGUUCUUCUAUUUGCUUUGCUACUAUUUGGAGACUGUUUCACAAAAAUGGGAGCUGUCAAAUUGGAGCUUCGUUGCCCUAAAAAGGUCGACGGAAUUGCAGUUGACCCGGAACCCGACUGGAAUUUCAGCACUUUGUUAUCAGAGAUUAAUUCAUUGGAAGAGAAGCUCAGUGUCUCUUCCAAGUUCCCUUUGGCCUUUGCCAAAACAAAAUCUAGAGAUAUUUAUCAUGGGAAGAGCAUUGAGAGAAAUUCGAGGGCCUUUAUAAUGCGGGUUUCAGUUGAUGAGAUGGAGGAAAGUAGCCAGAGUUUAACUGUGGCAAAGCGGUUCCAUUGUGAUGAUAUAUACUUGAGUGACGAUUCUGAGGAUGAAUCACUUUUUGAACUCCAAUCUGAUUUGAUGAAUGAAGUGGUAGCAGAGGAAGGUGCUUUAUAUGAAGUAAACUAUGAGCAUCAUAUUGACAUUAAGGAGGAAAUUAGGAUCCAAGUUUCAGCAUUUGAAACAGAUAUAAUUAAAGAAAUUGAAACUUCUAAUUCUGCCUUUGCUCGAGUUGAAAAAUAUAAAGAAGCAAGGCGGGAGAUGGACAGGAAACUAGAUCUUCAAUACCAACGAAAAGUUGCAGAAGCACUGGACAACCACUUGACUGCAGUGCAGCGGGACCAUGAACUCAAAUCACAAAUAGAAGAAAGGAGAAUAAGGAGUGAUGCAGCUUAUGAAGAGGCCAAGAGAAGGGAGAAGGCUCUUCAAGAAGAGAAACUACGCCAAGAGAAAGUUAAAGCAGAGGCAGAGAUGCAGGCUAAACUCAGAGCUGAGGAGGCAAAAAGAGUAGCCCUGGAAGCUGAGAAAAAAGCAGCAAAAGAAGCUGCAGAAAGGGAAGCUGCUGAAGCCUCAAAAAGGAUUGCUGGUGGUGUGCCACCCUUAGAAGGUGACAGUUCAGAAGCUGUCAAUGCUCCACCCAAGGGAUCCGGAUCAAAGAAACCACAAUUGGCAGGUAAUCUGCUGAGGUCUGCAGAAAAUGCUCUGAAACUGGAAGAGCAAAGACAACAGAAGCUGAAAGAGUUAGAUGAAGUAAACAAAUCACUGAAAUCAUGUUCAAAUGAGGAUUUUAGCAGCUUUGAAAGGCACAUUGGCAGGUUGGUUAGGCAAAUAAGGGGGACAAGAGAUAAUGUCAGUGGAAAAGCGAGUGAAAUUAUUAAGAUUUUAAACAAUCCUCGCUGUCCCCAAUCCAUCAGCGUCGCAGCUUUUGUAAAGAAGGUUGUUUCUCACUGUGAAGCCCCAGAUAAUGCACCCUUUGCAAGCAGCUACGUCAUUGUUCUUGUUACAUCACAGUUUCCACAUGCCAUGGAUCUUCUUCUUGCUGAGUUUCAUGGAGCUUGCAUUUACACAGUCCCUAAACAUAUAGUCUACAAAAAGUCAGAGUUUGAAUCAAAAGAGGCUUACUACAAAGCCAUUGGAUACCGUGAAAAUGAUGGGCAGAUUGAGAGUACCAACGAUUACCUGAAACGCCUGGAAUCUUACAUGAAGCUCUAUGGAGCACUUGUCCAGGCAGAAGUUAAUGGCAUCAGAAACCUUCAUGGCCUUGAAGCAGGUUGGGCAUGGCUUGCAAGGUUUUUAAACACAGCUCCAGCUAACAUGUAUACUGCUGUUGCUUUGAAUACAUUCCUGCAAAUGGCAGGUUUCGGUCUUUUCAGAAAGUACAAAUCUCAAUUCAAUAAGAUUUUGGAGAUUAUCUCCGGGAACUUCUUGAGUGCAUUGAAAGCAAGAGAAGAGCCAGGGUUAAAACCGGUGAUUGCAGAGAUCCAGGCUUACCUAGAAGACAAGAAAUUCAUUAUCGAGCCGGAAGGAAGAAGCCUGCAAAACUAUUUGCUGUCGAGCGUUAUGGUGCCUUCCGAGUCAGACUACUAAAAAUCAUAUCCUUGAGGAGAGAAUUCUGAUUGAAUAGAUAUAAAUCAUUUACUGUUAUUCGCUGUCUUUGUAGAUCAUUUGCUCUGAUGUUUUUCGUUUAGAUCAUUUACUGUCUCUGUACUCGUCUUAAAUAGGCCCCUCUUGGGUUAUCUUACCAGAACACAUACAUCAAUAUAUACACCACCAAAAUUUCUUUACA